AUUCAUGUUCGAGCUAUUGUCAGCUGUGGCAUUACUGUCCAUACUACUAACAUUCCUGCAUAUUCUUUGAUUUUAAAUUAAACGGAGCUGCAAAUUAAACAAAUUGAAUUCGAAUCCACUAAACCUGUCAUUCAACUGAGUGUGAGGGUGCUUCCGCCUGCGCUUCGAAAUGCCUCAGACCAACUCCCAAAAUGCCGCAGAUGCUAUAGAGCAGAAGCUGCUUGGCAUACUCGCUGCACAAGAUCUUGGUGAUAUAACACAGGAGCUAUGCGAUUUCUCACUCGAGGAACAAAAUGCAACCGCCGAGGCACAAGGCAUACAACCAAGCGCUGCAGCCGACUAUGUACCUGUGCUGGGUAAAUCUGUGACAUACAUUGUAGCCUGUGUAUUGUUCAAUGAGAGGGACGAGGUUCUAAUGAUGCAAGAGGCUAAGCAAUCGUGUGCUGGCAAGUGGUAUCUCCCAGCUGGACGCAUGGAGAACGGUGAAACCAUCUGCGAGGCCGCAGUGCGAGAGGUAUAUGAAGAGACCGGUCUAAAUGUGAACAUCACUACACUUCUGGCCAUCGAAGUGGCGGGCGGCUCUUGGUUCCGCUUUGUGCUCACUGGCCGUGUAACUGGUGGCACACUGAAAACACCCGCACAAGCAGAUAACGAAUCAUUGCAAGCAAAAUGGAUAUCUAGGCUCUCCGAAUUGCCAUUGCGCGCCAAUGACAUUCUAAAUCUAAUUGAUAUCGGUCGCUCGUAUAACGAGCGCGCCUCUACACCACAAGCGCUAAUUUAUCAUCCAGAUGUUUUGCCAACCAGAUACUCACACCACAAAAACUAUUUGCGCGUUGUGGCAGUAAUACGCAAACGCGCUACCAAUUCUUUAAAUGUGCUUGUUAGUGAAAAGAAUGUGCAUCACUUCCCCACAGUCGAGGUGCAUCCUCAGCGUAGCCUUCACUCGACGCUACGCAAAUUUAUGAUCGAACUAUUCGGCGCGGAAUUGCCACAGCAUCGACCGCAUGGCAUACUCAGCGUAGAACACUGUCCCUCACCGAUGCCACACACCACCGAUGGUAUUUGUCUGAAUGUGUUGGUAGUCUUCCGACCGCCGUUGGAAGAGGUGGCACUCAUCGGCAAGUGCACAUGGCAUGAGUUGGGACGUGCGCUUGAAGAGAAACUGGCACGUAUACUCUCGAACAAAUAUUCCACAAUACCGUUAAAUGUUAUACGAUAGAUGCACAGAGGCUGCGUUAGCUUAGUCUGGUGGUCAGUGGCAUUUAGGGAAGUGAAAGUUAUUUGACGCAAUAUGUAGUGAAUAAAAGCAAUAGUUUGUAAAACUAUUUAACCAGAUGUUUAUUGCGUGUGUACAUGCAUACAUACAUUUGUACGUAUGUAUUUAUUAAGGCGAACAAACUCAUAAAUCAACAAGUGGCGAGAAAUCAAAAGAGCGCAUUUCAAUGGUGGCGGGGGUGCGCGAUUACACAUAUACAGUAAUAUUUAUUUUUUAAAUAUUUUGAUUUUAUAUACACCAAUCAUUGUUUAUUAAGUUGCUGUUAUAAAAAUUUUUAUGUUAUAAAUAAAAAUUUCAUGUUAACUACUACGUAA